CGAAGGGGGCGUGAGCUCCUCGCGCGCGAGCUGGACACUUUUGAUUGGGGCGGAGGAAGUUUGAAUGAAUGUUCCACUUUAUGACUGGUCUAGAAAGGAACUCCCUAGAGGCAGAAAGGAGCAAGCCUUUGUCACUCUUUGACCAAGCCCAGAUGCCUGCUGUGGAAAGGAACUGAUAACCUGGAAUCCCUGUUUCUGUACUGAUGCAUUAAUCUUUAAGGCACUAGCGAAAGAACGGUCCUCAUGGAAACCUUCUCACUUUUUCACAAGGGUCAGAAACUGCAACUAUUGAAGUUUACUUGGAGGGAACCUUCAAAAGGUGAAAAUGAAAAAUCCAAGACAGAUGAAAUAGUGAAAGAAGCGUUCCAUGCAGCUUCGCCAGCAGUGAUCCAAAAGGCACAUCAAGAACUGGAGGAAGAAAUGUUCGAUGGGAUCGUCUCGUUCCCUGUUGAGGAGGAGGCCAAGGGCGUAGUUCACUCUGUCCUUGGAGAAUGUUCUGAUGAAAUUAUUAAACCCCAGCAACAGCAGGUUGCCAAGUUUGCUGCUAAACAACUUAUUGACAUAUUUCUUCUGGAACGCUUGAUAGGGAAGAUGAGUUUGCCAGGCCCGAGGUUUUCUGAGAAGGAGCACUCAAGCAUGGUUUUAGAUAGUUUGAUGUUCGAUAUUCUUCUUCGGCAGUUCUUUAGCAUUCAGCAGCAGCAGCAAGCUACCUUUGAAAACAUUCCCCUGAGAGAUUUCCAUCUGAAAGCUUUUACCGAGGUGGCUUUAGAUGUUAUCUUGACAGAGCUAAAUAAGCUGGUGGUGGAAGACAUGGAAGAUCUACGGGAAUAUGAGAGAGGAGCUCAGGUAGAAGGAACAAGAACAGAAGCAUUAACAUAUGUUUCAGAAAGUUAAACAAGAGGAAGAGAACCCCUAGGGGACUUUGACCUGUCCCUGUUUCAUCUCAGUAAAUAACAUAAACAAAUAAAGAACACUUUUACUUA